UCCCAGCAUGCAGCGCAUGGCGCGUCAUUGAGGAGAGACCAUGAUGGCGGCGGUCGGUGCACCAGAAGUGAUUUCACAGCUGGAGAGCGCUGCUAAAGUUUUAAUGGCACCGCCGUCCAUGGUCAGUACAGAACAGAGGCAACAUGCAGAGCACAUAUUCCUCUCCUUCCGCAAGUCCAAAUCACCUUUUGGUGUCUGUAAGCACAUUCUUGAGACCAGUAAGGUGGACUAUGUGCUGUUUCAGGCUGCCACGGCUAUAAUGGAGGCUGUGGUCAGAGAGUGGGUUCUGCUGGAGAAGAAUAGUAUCGAGUCGCUCCGAACAUUCCUCCUCACCUACGUCUUACAGAGACCGAAUCUACAGAAGUACGUCAGAGAGCAGAUGCUGUUAGCAGUUGCAGUCAUAGUGAAACGUGGCUCCUUAGAUAAAUCAAUCAACUGCAAGAGCAUCUUCCAUGAGGUCGGCCAGCUCAUCAGCAGUGGCAAUCCUAUUGUGCAAACUCUAGCCUGUUCAAUCCUGACUGCUCUGUUGAGCGAGUUCUCCAGCUCCAAUAAGACCAGUAACAUUGGCCUCAGUAUGGAGUUUCAUGGCAGCUGCAAGCGUGUCUUUCAGGAGGAUGACCUCAGACAGAUUUUUGUCCUCACCAUGGAGGUUUUGCAAGAGUUCAGUCGAAGAGAAAACCUCAAUGCCCAGAUGUCGUGUGUGUUCCAGCGUUAUCUAGCACUGGCCAAUCAAGUGCUUAGCUGGAACUUUCUCCCACCCAAUCUGGGCAGACAUUACAUUGCCAUGUUUGAAGCUACUCAGAACGUGAUGCUGAAGCCUACUGAGACGUGGAGGGAAGCCCUGCUGGACCACAGAGUCAUGGACCUUUUCUUUACCGUACACAGAAAGAUCAGGGAAGACUCCGACAUGGCGCAGGACUCCCUGCAGUGCCUGGCUCAGCUUGCCUCCAUGCACGGACCCAUCUUUCCCGACGAGAGCGCUCAGGUCACCUAUUUGGCCCACUUGGUGGAAGGACUGCUCACCAUGAUCAAUGGGAUUGAGAUUGAGGAUUCUGAGGCAGUGGGCAUCUCUAAUAUCAUCAGUAAUCUGAUCACCACAUUUCCCCGGAGCAUUCUUACUGCUCUACCCAGCGAACUCUUCUCCUCUUUUAUAAACUGCCUCACAAUACUCACCUGUUCUUUUGGACGCAGUGCUGCCCUCGAGGAGGUGCUGGAUAAAGAUGACAUGGUGUACAUGGAGGCGUAUGACAAGCUGCUGGAAUCAUGGUUGACGCUGGUGCAGGAGGAUGAACACUUUCCCCGUGGCUGCUUCAUCCAACCAGCUGUGCAGGUCUUCAACUCCUACAUCCAGUGUCACUUGGCAGCACCUGACGGCACCAGAAACCUGACUGCAAAUGGUGUGGCUUCUCAUGAGGAGGAAGAGAUAAACGAGUUGCAAGAGGAUGACAGAGAACUGUUUUCAGAUCAGUUGGCCAGUAUUGGCAUGUUGGGGCGCAUUGCAGCAGAACACUGUAUCCCUCUGCUCACAAGUUUACUGGAAGACAGGGUCACACGGCUUCAUGGGCAGCUCCAGAGACACCAGCAGCAUCUUAUGGCCUCUUCAGAUCCAGAGUCAGUGGAUCGGAAAGUACUAGACGACCUCUACGAGGACAUUCAUUGGCUCAUAUUAGUCUCAGGUUACCUUUUGGCAGAUGACCCUCAGGGUGAGACGCCACUAAUCCCCACUGAAGUGAUGGAGUACUCGAUAAAGCACUCCACUGAAGUGGACAUCAACACCACCCUGCAGAUUCUGGGCUCACCUGGAGAAAAAGCCACUUCAAUCCCAGGCUGCAACAGGACCGACUCCGUCAUCAGAUUGUUAUCAGCAGUGUUGAGGACGUCUGAAGUGGAGUCUCGGGCGACGCGGGCGAGUCUAACGCAGCUGCUGAGUCCUCAGAUGGGUAAAGACAUUGUGUGGUUUCUGCGACGCUGGGCCAAAACAUACUUGCUGGUGGAUGAGAAGCUGUAUGGCCAGAUCAGUAUGCCGCUAAGCACAGCUUUUGGGGCUGACACUGAAGGAGCGCAGUGGAUUGUGGGGUAUCUUCUAGAAAAGGUCAUCAAUAAUCUCUCAGUAUGGAGCUCUGAGCCUGAACUAGCCAAUGACACGGUGGAACUUUUGGUCACUUUGGUGGAAAAGAGAGAAAGAGCAAACAUUGUAGUGCAGUGUGAGAACUGGUGGAGUCUUGCCAAGCAGUUUGCGAGCCGAAGUCCACCACUACACUUACUGUCCAGCCCAAUACAGCGCACCCUGAUGAAGGCCCUGGUGCUCGGAGGCUUCGCACACAUGGACUCUGAUACUAAACAACAAUACUGGGCAGAGGUGCUGCACCCACUCCAGCAGCGAUUCCUAAACCUUAUAAACCAGGAGAACUUUGCUCAGAUCUGUCAGGAGGAGGCAGUGAAGCAGGAGAUUGUGGCCACUCUGGAAGCACUUUGUGGCAUUGCAGAAGCAACACAGAUAGACAACGUUGGCUCUCUCUUCAGUUUCCUCAUGGACUUCCUGUCCAGCUGUAUCGGCCUUAUGGAGGUCUAUCAGAACUCUCCAGAAACUGUCAAUCUCAUCAUCGAAGUGUUUGUAGAAGUGGCCCAUAAGCAGAUCUGUUACCUGGGAGAGACCAAGUCUAUGAAGCUGUACGAGGUAUGUCUCACACUGCUGCAAGUCUACUCUAAAAAUAACCUGGGCCGUAAGAGACUGGAUGUAGCAGCAGAGGAGGACCAGUACCAGGACCUGUUGCUCAUCAUGGAGCUCCUCACCAACCUACUCUCCAAAGAGUUCAUUGAUUUUAGUGAUACAGAUGAAGUGUUUCGGGGGCAGGAGCAGAGUUCUGGAGCUGGUCGCACAGUGUCUGCUGCUGAUGUGGUGUUAUUUGGGGUCAACAUUGUGCUGCCCCUAAUGUCUCAGGACCUCCUAAAGUUUCCUUCUCUGUGUAACCAGUACUAUAAGCUCAUCACCUUCAUCUGUGAGAUUUUCCCAGAGAAGAUUCCUCAGCUGCCGGAGGAGCUCUUUAAGAGCCUAAUGUUCUCUCUGGAGUUAGGCAUGACCUCGAUGAGCUCAGAAAUUAGUCAGUUAUGUCUAGAAGCUCUGUCGCCAUUGGCUGAGCAGUGUGCCAAAACGCAGGAGAAGGAUACCCCAUUAUUUAUUGCUACUCGACAUUUCCUGAAGCUGGUGUUUGAUAUGCUGGUACUGCAGAAGCAUAACACUGAAAUGACUGUGGCAGCUGGAGAAGCCCUCUACACCCUUGUGUGCCUGCAUCAAGCGGAGUACUCUGAGCUGGUUGAGACUCUGCUCUCCAGUCAGAGAGAUGCUGUGAUCUACCAGCGCCUCGCAGAUGCCUUUAACACCCUCACCGCCAGCAGCACACCUCCAACAAUGGACCGCAAACAGAAGGUGGCCUUUCUUAAAAGCUUAGAGGAGUUUGUGGCCAAUGUCGGAGGUUUGCUGUGUGUCAAAUAACCACUGCCUCCAGCUUCUCCUCAUCACUUCGCCCCGUCUAUCUCACCCACCUCUCUGGAGAAGCCCAGCAGAACUAUCAGGUUGUUUGAGAUGCGGAUCUCGUCCCCCCCCCUGUCCUGGGCCUCCAAGCACACUUACCUGUGGAAGCAGAGGGAGUGGGAACAUUGGUUAAAGAGCGCGGACAUGACUCGUCCGUCAUUCAUCUCAGUCCAAGCUGAUCAGCGUAUGCUUUGCCAGUGAGAGAGGUCUUCAGAUGAACUUGUCAAGGGUGAGGUGGUGGGGAGGGAAUACCCGUUCUGACAUUCUCCACCUCUCUCAAGACAAACGCACUCACUUAAAUGCCUCUCCUAGAGUGCCUUUUGUAUUUUGUUCGUCAUGUCUCGGAUCCAGUGCUCUCCAUGACAGUGAGAAGAACUGUGUCUUAACUGCAAAGCCUAUACUCAUCACUGUUGGCUCCAGAAGAGUCCAUGUUUGGCCUAUCUGUCUAUUACUGCCUCACAGCUUCUGUGACAGGACUCUAGAUAAAUUUAGUCACUUAUUGGGAAGCUUAUUAAAAGCUUCAUUUUAAUAAUUCUCAAAUACAGGUGGCCAGUCAUCAGUAUGGGCUAAAAUCAUAUAAAAGGUGUAUAGGCUUUAACUAAUCCUGGCACUUAAUUUCUAAUCAUGUUAGAAAAAUGCACAGCUAGAGCUGUGUACACAGUGCUGAUGUGGUGAGGCCUUCCAGCAUGCCAUUCUAAUGUGCCAUCAUGACUGACCCACUCUGCAAGCCCAACUUGUUUGUUCAGUUGAAUGUUCAAAGUGGAAGUAGUUGAGGUGCAGUCACUAUUGCAAGUAAGUGAAAUUAUCUAGAGCCCUGUGGUCGUGUAGUAAGAUAAGCCAUAGGAGAUAUAGAGUAGUAGUAAAUACUUUGAGUGUUGAUUGUCAGAAAGGCCAUGACAGAAGCCUUUCUCACUCCUCAAAGUGUGGGAAAGCUGUUCUAGAAAGAAACCAAAUCAUCACUUUGUGUUCAUUAAGGGUGUACAUAUAUUUUCAAGAAAAAUUUAAAUGGAAAAUGAAAUGGACUGAAAUUUUAUAAGAUUGUAGAUUGUGGACAUUUAAGGAUCUUUUUUAUGACUUCACCUGAAGGUAAAGGGGCAGUUGGUUUUUUGUUGAUCAAUUUGUACUUUUACUCUUUGCUAUCAUUUCUCCCCAUCACAGUUAUUCUGGAAGCCAUUUCAAAAACACUUUAGAUCUGAUCAAAUUUUGACAUUUCUAAUACACACAUGGGGCCACUGGAAGAUAAGACCCCCUUACUUUUAUUUUUUCUACUCUUAUAUUCUCUAGGUGGAACACACAAACUAGCAAACACACACAUUCAAAAAAAAGAAUUGUUGAGCAGCCAAGUGGGCCAACAUUGCUGUAGCAAUAAAAUACCAAAAAUGUUUUUUUUUUUUUUUUUUUUUUUUUUUUUUUAUUCCUUUAUUUUGGUUCCAUUGUUUAGAGCACUAAUCCUGAUGUUUUUGUUUGUUUGUUUGUUUGUUUUGGUUGCCUAAAUUGUAAUGUAAAAUGUACAUAAACUUAUUAUAUAAAAUUA